UAUUUUUUUAUUUUCUUUAUAUAUAUAUAUAUAAUUUCAACGUUAGUAUCCAUUACGUUGGUGCGGCAGGCCUAACCUUGCUACGAUGAUGUUCAUCCCAGCAACGCUGGGAACAUUAGUCCUAGCAAGCUUGCUUCCUGGUGAGUUUGAGCAUGCUUACUGAUGGCCAAUUUUAUUUUUCUGGAACUUGCCUUCUAAUUUCAACUACAGCGACCGUUGGAGCCGGUAUACCUAAUACUGCCGCAGAUGUUGCCAUCAGAGCUCUGCCAAAUGCGCCAGAUGGCUAUGCACCAGCUGAAGUCGAUUGUCCAUCUACCAAGCCGUCCGUUCGAUCAGCCGCGAAGCUGUCUCAGCAGGAACAGGACUGGCUGAAGAAAAGGAGGAUGAAGACCACGGGCGCUAUGGCAGACUUCUUCAGUCGCGUGAAGAUCGAAGGCUUUGACGCCGUGUCAUAUCUCGUGAGCAACGCGGACAAUGUCUCUAAGCUGCCAAACGUUGCCAUUGCAGUCUCAGGAGGCGGAUAUCGUGCUUUGAUGAAUGGAGCUGGUGCCCUCAAGGCAUUUGAUAGUCGGACGGAGAAUUCGACCGGGCCUGGACAGCUGGGUGGCUUGCUGCAGUCAGCUACUUACCUGUCCGGUCUCAGUGGCGGUGGAUGGCUAGUUGGCUCAAUGUAUGUCAACAAUGACAGUACUAUCACGGAACUGCAAAAGGGAGGCAGUAAUUCGCUGUGGAAAUUUAGCCGCUCCAUUCUUGAGGGACCAGAUGAUGGUAGCUCUGGGGUAGUUGACACCGCUGCCUAUUAUAAGGAGAUGAUCAAGGAGAUUUCUCGCAAGAAAACCGCUGGCUUCGAGACCUCUAUCACUGAUAUCUGGGGCAGAGCAUUGUCGUAUCAACUCGUUAACGCUCCCGAGGGUGGACCGGCCUAUACAUGGUCGUCCAUCUCGCAGAAUUCCAAGUUUCAAAGUGGCGAUGUGCCCUUCCCUCUUCUUGUUGCUGAUGGCAGGAAUCCGGGCGAAAAACUUAUCGGUGGUAAUGCUACCAUCUUCGAAUUCAAUCCAUACGAAUUUGGUACAUGGGAUCCCACCAUCUUCGGUUUUGUUCCAACACAGUACAUUGGCUCCAAGUUCGAGGCUGGAACCCUUCCAUCGGACGAGAAGUGCGUUCGGGGAAUGGACAACGCCGGUUUCAUCAUGGGAACUUCUUCCUCUCUAUUCAACCAGUUUGCGUUGCACCUUGAUAGCCAGAACCUGCCCAAAUUUGUCAAGGACACUCUCCGUGACUUCUUGACCUCGCUUGAUGAAGCCAAUAAUGACAUUGCCGAAUACAAGCCCAAUCCAUUUUUUGGAUAUGCCAAACACACGUCUCCUUUUGCAGGAGUAAAGUCCCUCCCUGUCGUUGAUGGCGGUGAAGACAAGCAGAACAUCCCCUUCCAUCCCCUGAUCCAGCCAACUCGACAUGUCGACGUUAUAUUUGCCAUUGACUCUUCUGCUGAUACCCAACUGUCCUGGCCCAAUGGCGACAGCAUAAUAGCUACUUACCAACGCAGCCUGAACAGCACCGGAAUCGCCAACGGAACAUCCUUCCCAGCUAUACCAGAUAAUAACACUUUCAUCAAUCUCGGUCUGAACCACAAUCCUACUUUCUUCGGAUGCGACAGUUCAAAUACCACUAAUCCUACGCCAUUGAUCGUAUACAUCCCAAACAGUCCCUACGUCACACAUUCGAAUGUCUCAACUUUCAACCUGAAGUACAAUACCACACAGCGUGAUGCUAUCAUUCUCAAUGGAUAUAACGUCGCAACCAUGGGCAACGCUACUCGAGACGGCAACUGGCCUACCUGCGUCGGCUGUGCCAUGCUCAGCAGGUCCCUUGAGCGAACCAAGACCCCAGUCCCUGAUGCUUGCAAGCAGUGUUUUAAGCUGUACUGCUGGGAUGGAACGCUCAAUAGCACAAAGCCAGACGUCUACGAUCCGAAAUUGUUCUUGACGGAAGUGGACAUACAGAGUGCUGCUAAGGGGCUUCAUGCUUCAGGUAAGCUGAGCUUUGUAGCGGCAAUGGUCACACUGCUUGCUAUAUUACUGGUGUAAAGUCCCGGUGUUUUCCUUUUGGUUUUAUUUAAUCUUGGAUAUAUAUAAUCGACUUUCUGGGAUGUAGAUAUAUUACCAUUUUAUCUAACUACUUAUGAAUAAUAUGACUUUUUGGGUGUCUAGCUACCAGCUUCCCCCACACAUUUUACUACCUUCUCCCACUCAUGAAUUGCGUGUACUGCACGCUCGCUUUGAAUAUCUUAUGUCUCCGAGAAAAUUGUCAUCUCCGAUCGAUCUCUCGGCAUCGCUCCACUGCUCAUCUAGCUUCCGGUAGGCCGUCUCGUGGUGACGCUUGCCGGCUCUCGCCGAGACGUUAUCUUGCUCAUGUGGGUACUUUACUUAAUGAACCUAGUGAUGGAGUCACCCUCGUCGAUCCCUUGAUACCAUCAUUGUACAACUGUUGUACAAUCGUUGUACAAGAUUUCUACCCAACGCAGCGGUGGUGCUGCUGGCUGUAAUUGCAAGGAAAACUGACUUAGCCUGCAGCUAUACGCCAUGCUUAUUGUCAUAGACACGCUAAAACAAUCAAUAAGCUAUAAAAAGAUACCGCCAUCUUGCCUACCCUUUUGUCGGAUGGUAUAUAGCAUACUUCGGUCGGAAAACGUGUACAAGGCAGCACAGUCUUUCACGGGAUAUGUCUGGCUCCCCAUUGGCUGGUUAAUGACGCGGCUACCAGUUUCAAGUCUAAACAAGGGUACCUGCGUAGACCUUGGAAGGCCGUCUAUCAUAUGCAACAAGCCGAUGGAGACGGCCCUUCAAUUGCUGAUCAAUAAUAACAUAACGUUUAAUGCCCAUUUUUUAAUUAUAGCUUGAUAAGGCCAAAAGUACCUCGGUCCAUCCGAUCA